AUGGCGAUGGCGCUGCAAGCAUGGUCUCUUCUCAGGUCUCUUCUCCCCAACAGCUCUCUGGCAGCAGUCCUGCUGGCAACGAUACUCAUCCUCACCUACACCGUCACCUCGAUCAAGGGCCACCUGACAGCGCGGCUGAAGCCAGAACAUCGCCGUUCGCCGCCCACGCUCCCCUACGCGAUUCCCUUCCUGCGCCAUCUCCCCCAGUGGCUGAUCGAUGAGAAGGGCUUCCUGAGUCGAGCCAUGACCUGCUACAGCGCAUACACCCCCGUGCGCGUCCACUUGGGCAACCGCUCGUUCUUCGUCCUCUCGGGCCCCAAGACGAUAUCGUCUCUGUUCAAGAACUCCAAACGCCUCGUCAGCACCCAAUGGCUCGUCGGCAUCCUGAUCGUCGUCUUCGGUCUCCCCCCCGCAGACGCCCCUCUGUAUCUCAACGACGACACGGGCUACGGCGUCCAGCCCGUCGAGGGCGCGAAGAUGACCAACCCGGACCUGCGCAUCUUCUACCUCGCCCACCGCUCGCUCUACGCCUACAUCGCCGGCCCCGGUCUGGACGCUAUGGCGCGCCAGCUCGUCUGCAGCCUGGCCGAGCAGAUCGCGCAGUGCCCGCUCGCCGACGACGACUGCUGGACCGACGUCCCCGACCUCUACGCCGGCUUGAUCCGCAAGAUGACCUUCAAGGCGUCCGUCACGGCCCUCUGCGGCGCACACAUCUUCACCAUCAACCCGGACCUAGACGAAGAUUUCUGGGCCUUCGACGCGGCCACGCUGUCUCUCAUGCGCUGGCCAUCCUGGCUGGUGCCAGGGGCCCGUCGGGCAAGGGAGAAGAUGAAGCUGAACAUGACGCGCUGGCACCGGUUUGCGGAGCAGCAUUACCAUUACGACGGCGACGGCGACGACCCGCGCGACUGGGAGGAGUUCUUCGGCAACAGGAUCAUGCGCAUGCGCAAUCGCAUCUAUCGCAAGCUGCCGCUGAGCGAUGAGGCGUAUGCGGCGGAGGAUGUGGGCAUGUUGUGGGCGGCCAACGCCAACGCCAUCCCCGCCGUCAUCUGGAUGCUGCUAGAGAUCGUGCAGCGGCCGGAGCUGCUGGCGCGCGUGCGGGCAGAGAUCGCGCCGUAUAUCACGCACGACGCUGCCGAUGCGAGCAAGAUUUCCAGCGUCGACAUCGCCGGGCUGUGCAGCAUUCCUCUCCUGCAGUCCAUCUACGCGGAGGUGCUGCGGCUGCAGGUCGGUAUUGUCCUGCCGUGGAUGGCGGCGGACGAGUUGCGGAUCGAGGGCUGGAGCGUGCAGGAGGGCGAGACGGUCAUGGCGUCGACCUGGCAUGCAGGACGCGAUCCGCUGGUGUGGAAUACAGGCAGUGUCGACGAUCCCCAUCCGGUGGACGAGUUCUGGGCCGAGCGGUUUCUCGUGAAGAAUGACGGCGUCCACAUGGGGCCGGUGAGGAAGGCUGAAGAAGAAGCCACUCCGUCAUGUCCUCACAAGCAGCCUUUUUCUUCUUCUGCCUCAGACAAGUCUGCUGCAGCAGCACAGCAAUGCAGCUUCACCCUCGCCGGCACCGCCGGCACCUGGAUCCCCUACGGCGGCGGCCUCAAGCUCUGCCCAGGCCGGCAUUUCGCGAAGCAGGAGAUGAUCGUCGCGUCGGCCAUGUUCCUGACGGCAUUCGAUAUCGAGCUGACAACAAACAAACGUAUCGUGCCGGAUGAGCGGUUCUUUAUGUUUGGCGUUUUGCCUCCGAGGGGGAGGAUUGGGAGUAGGAUUAGGAGGAGGGUGCCUCCAAAGACCCACGCAGGUACUGUACAUGUGUACAGUACAGGACAGAUGAGUGAGAGAGGUCGAGAUUGA